GAAAAAGAUUUGAUUUUUAUCACCAAUUUUGUGAGGUUGUACUUGUUUUACAAUAAAAUAUAGUAUUAGUAUGUACUAUUGUUUUGUAUAUUUUGUAAAGCUGCAGUAUCUGUUGUGUGGUUCUUGUGUUUUUGUUUUUUUGCUCUUUAGCGGAUAUACAAGCUCAGGUUGAAGCUUUUUCUCUGUUGAUAUUAUUUUUAGACUUUGCUCAGAUGUCUUAUGUAGGAAAAGAAGGUUGGUGUUUUGAAAGGUGAUACUAGUAGAGUUGUGUGAGGUGAUUUUUUGACAUUUUUUUGUUGUAAAAAUGAGUUCUUGAUUCAAUAUGGCUAUGUUGGAAGUAAGGGGUUGUGUUAGGAGUUUGAGGAUUUUCCAGUUUCUUGAUUGUGUGGGUGUUAUGUGCAUUGUCCUAUGUGGAUAGUAAUGGAGGGUUCAUCUCAGUCUGGUAGGGAGAGGUCUGAGAGUUCAAGGGGUUUGAAUAGUUCAGGUGUUGUGGAUUGGAAUUCAAGAUUUCGUUCUGCAAGUACUAUCAGGUUGUCUAGUGAUGCAUCUCAUGAUUCUGGAUUUGUUUCAAAAGAGUGGGAAAGAAUUGGGUCAUCUGAUGUUAAUUGCUUUAAAGAUCAAGGGCUUCGAGGAAUCGAUCGUAAAGAUGUUAGUUUGAGGCAUUGGUUGGAUAAUCCAGAGAGAACUGUUGAUGCUCUUGAAUGUAUGCAUAUAUUUACUCAAAUUGUAGAGAUUGUAAAACUCGCACAUACUCAAGGGAUAGCUGUUCAUAAUGUGCGGCCAUCAUGUUUUGUUAUGUCUUCAUUUAACCGUGUUGCGUUUAUUGAAUCUGCUUCCUGUUCUGAUUCGGGAUCGGAUUCAUGUGAAGAUGAACCAAACAGUUCAUCUUCACCUUUGCAACUUGAGAUGAUUCCUGGGAAGGACUCUGCUAUAGCAUCUGAAAGCAGUUGCUUGCAGUCAAGUUCAGGUCAUCUGGUGCAGACUUUGGAAGCUAGUAAGAAUAGACAAGAGGAGGAAAACAACAAGCAUACUUUUCCAAUGAAACAGAUAUUGCACUUGGAAACUAAUUGGUAUACUAGUCCAGAAGAGGUUAAUGAUGCUCCAGGCACUUGUGCUUCAGACAUUUAUCGACUCGGAGUGCUUCUCUUUGAGCUAUACUGCACCUUCAACUCAUCAGAUGCGAAAAUUGCAAAUAUGUCAUGUCUAAGACAUCGUGUCCUACCCCCACAGUUGUUGUUGAAAUGGUCUAAGGAAGCUUCAUUUUGCUUAUGGUUACUACACCCGGACCCAAGUAGUCGGCCAAAAGUGGGUGAGUUGCUAGAAAGUGAGUUCCUUAAAACUCCAAGACAUGACUUGGAAGAGCGUGAAGCAGCAAUAGAGCUUAGAGAAAAAAUAGAUGAGCAGGAAUUAUUGCUGGAGUUCCUUUUACUAAUCCAACAGAAAAAGCAGGAGGCUGUGGAAAAUUUGCACGAAAUCGUGUCUUUUUUAUCGUCUGAUGUAGAAGAGGCCACUAAGAUGCAGACAACCCUCAAGUUAAAAGGAGGCUCAAGCGUAGAACCAGCAGAAGAGGCCACUGAGAUGCAGACACCCCUUAAGAUGAAAGGAGGCUCAAGCUUAGAACCAGCUAAGCAUUUGAAUUCUCGGAGGACAAAUAUUACUGUAGAUCAUGAUUCAGGGAGCUCUGGAUCUAGAAAGAGGUCUAGGCCCAGCACAGGUGAGGAAUCUGAUGGCCAUCCAGAUGAAAGCCAGAAAUUCGAAAGGCAUAUUGAAAAUAAAAGCAGCAUUUCGUCAAAAAGUUCCCGGUUGAUGAAAAACUUCAGAAAAUUGGAGGCAGCUUAUUUCAUGACGAGACGCAGGGUUAUUAAAAGGGACAAAUCUAUGAGUAGAAACUGUCAAACAAGUCCGGAAUGUAAAAGUUCCGCUACAGCUACUGAAAGGAGUUCUCUUAGUAAUUUGUCAUCAAAGGGAGGGUGCAAUGGUGAUAGACAGAGGGGAUGGAUCAAUUCUUACUUGGAGGGUCUGUGCAAGUACUUUUCUUUUAGCAAGUUAGAAGUGAAGGCAGAUUUAAAGCAAGGGGAUCUUCUAAACCCUUCCAAUCUCGUAUGUUCUCUCAGCUUUGAUCGUGAUGGUGAAUUUUUUGCUACUGCUGGUGUAAAUAAGAAGAUCAAAGUUUUUGAAUAUAACUCAAUUCUAAAUGCGGAUCGUGAUAUACACUAUCCAGUCGUUGAAAUGGCUAAUAGAUCAAAGUUAAGCAGUAUAUGUUGGAAUGGCUAUAUCAAAAGCCAGCUUGCCUCAAGUAACUUUGAAGGUGUGGUGCAGGUAUGGGAUGUCACAAGAAGUCAGCUUUUCAUGGAGAUGAGAGAGCAUGAGAAACGCGUCUGGUCUGUUGAUUUUUCUUUAGCAGAUCCAACCAUGUUGGCAAGCGGGAGCGAUGAUGGUUCUGUGAAGCUUUGGAAUAUCAAUCAGGGAGUCAGUGUUGGAACCAUAAAAACAAAAGCCAAUGUCUGCUGUGUUCAGUUCCCUGUUGAUUCAGGACGGGCCCUUGCUUUUGGUUCAGCAGAUCAUAAGAUAUAUUACUAUGACCUACGAAACUCAAAGUUGCCUCUAUGCACAUUAAUUGGGCACAACAAGACAGUGAGCUAUGUCAAGUUCAUAGAUUCAACAACUCUUGUGUCUGCAUCUACGGAUAAUACAAUAAAGCUGUGGGAUCUGUCAACUUGCACGUCUCGUAUUCUCGAUUCUCCUCUUCAGUCAUUUACAGGACAUAUGAAUGUAAAGAACUUUGUUGGCCUAUCUGUAUCUGAUGGUUACAUAGCAACUGGCUCAGAGACAAAUGAGGUUGUCAUCUACCACAAAGCUUUUCCCAUGCCAGCAUUGUCAUUUAAAUUUAACUGCACAGAUCCGCUUUCUGGCGAUGAAGUGGAGGACAGUGCACAGUUCAUCUCAUCUGUGUGUUGGCGUGGUCAGUCCCCUACCUUAGUUGCCGCAAAUUCUAUGGGAAAUAUCAAGCUCUUGGAGAUGGUAUGAUGUGGUUAAAUUCCCUAAAGGUUGACUAGUUACUUCAAGAUGAGGAAAGGUGUGAAGGAGAGGAGUUCAGUAAAUGUAAAUGAGGGGCUUACACCAAGAUAUUGUCGUAGAAGUGAUAAACUCGAUACGAUGCCAUGGUAACAAGGAAGUUGCCAUCAAGAAACAAAUAUUUUUGUAGUUAGUUCAUAGCUGAAGCAGCUCAAUGGAAGCAUGAGUUUUUUCUCAUGGUGGAAUGUGCUGUAAAUAGAUAUUGGUUAGGGGGUGUGGGAAGAAGCGAUGCAAGUGUUAUUCUCUUUGUAUAUUCUGUAAUUUUGAGUUCUAACGAAAAUUUCAGAAUGUUAUAUCUUUGCCUGAUGACAGUAAGUAGAAGAAUACAAGCAGUGUCUUAGAAUCCAUGCUGUAUCUCAUUUAGUUCACACUGAUCUGAUCAGCUGCUAAACACGCGAGUGCAAGGAGGCAGAGGUAACAUUUCAGAUUAUUCACUUUCGAGCACAUUCUGUCUAAGAUAUGUAUGCUGUUCAUGACCAGCCAACUUGUUUGACAGAAAAAACAUGCAAAAUUAUGAAUACAGAGUUUUCCAUCGUUUCA